UUUUAAUGGAGGUUUAACCCCCUUUUCCAAUUUUAAAUUUUUUUAACACACCUUCCUCUUACGUCGUCGUUUAAGAUGAGAAUUGUGCUUAAAAAAAAGAGAAUAAAUAAUGUAACGUUUCUUCCCGGGCAAAUAACAAAGGGUUGCACAGCUCUCACUCAACUCAUUUCUUUAACAAUCAAACCCACAAAAACAGAAAAAAAACACAAAGAUAAAGAAUCUCUUUCUACAUACCCUUAAACAAUUCCUUUCCUAUUUUUCUUCCAAUGUACAAUCACAUAUAUAAUCUAAACUUGUGAUACCCUAAAUGUUACACUUUCCAACUCAAUCACAUACCACAUCAUUAUUUAGCAAAUGUCUUUGAGCCCAUCUCAAACUCGACCUGACUCAACUCAAAACUUUAAUUCUUAUUGGUGCUACCAAUGUCGACGGAUUGUCCGAAUAUCCUCGGACAACCCGUCGGAAAUCGCUUGCCCACGAUGUUUUGGUCAAUUUGUGUGUGAGAUGGAAAUCCCAAGGCCAAGACUAGUUUUUAAUUUUACAUAUGAUGACCCGUCCCCUCAAGCCCGUCUCCUUGAAGCCUUAGCCCUUAUGCUAGACCCGCCACUGAGGUUACGAAACCAUGAGCCCGAUAGCUCGUGGGCCGUCCCACAACGACAGUCUAUUAGGGAUGUAGUACUUGAAGGGCCUACUUCUGAACGGCCUAGAUGGGUUCAAGUCCCACGGCCUUCGAACCGUAGGGAUGACUGGGAUAUUGAGCCGGGGUUACGUGCCCGGCCCAGGUGGGUCAUUGUUAGGCCCACAGGCCUGCCACCCGGAUCGGUAGGCCUGGUUUCCAGGCCCGAGAUCUUACCCCCAGUUAUUGAGCCUGAUCCAGGAAACUAUUUUCUUGGACCAGGCUUACAACAGCUGAUUGAAGAACUGACGGAGAACGACCGCCAGGGCCCACCACCGGCCCCAGAUAGCACAAUCGAGGCGGUGCCAGUGGUGAAGCUGACUGCAGAGCAUGUGAAAGAAGGUGGCUCAGAGUGUCCUGUUUGUAAAGAGGAGUUUGAAAUAGGGACUGAAGUAAGAGAGUUACCAUGCAAACAUGUGUAUCAUUCUGACUGCAUUGUACCUUGGUUAAGGCUGCACAACUCCUGUCCUGUUUGUCGAACCGAGCUACCGACAUUGCCUCAAUGUGAAGAUGUAGGAGGAGGACUUGAAUCAGAAAGUUCUAGUGUUGAAAUUGGUAGGCCUCGUAGAUGCUUGAAUUGGAACUGGUUAAGCUCGAUUUGGCCCUUUUGUUCUCGAUAUUCAAGGAUUAGCCCUCAUGAUGAUCGUAAUCCUAGGUUGCCAACCGGAGCGAUUUUGUUGACAUGCACCUUACUCCUGAUGCUUGUCAUACCCUUAGUGACAUAUUCUCAAUCCUAGACUAAGCUAACAAGCGUGAUUCUCUACACUUUCUUCUGCAAUGCAUGAAAGAGAUAGCAGCCGCGUCAGCAACUAACAGCAGCCACAGGCUCUGACAUUUUAGAACUUACAGAGAUGAAAUUGAAUCCUUCAAACAUGUUACUAUGUUAGUGUAUAUGUUAUCAUCUUAACAGAAAAUCAUACUUAAUUUUCAGACAUUGAGAUAUAUACUUUCUGAUCUUGGUAUGCCAAUUGUUGUACUUCUGACUUCAUUAUAUAUUCCUUGCUGUAAGAAUUCAGAGAAACGCGCUUGUUUGUGAUAUACUGAAUUGUGCUACUAUAUCUACCUGCUUUCAGCUGGUCGAUCAAGGAGGCCAUUCUGCCCUAUUCUUUAGGAUUGCUGUUGCUGCUAUCAUUAUUGUGCGAUAUCUGGUAUACAGUUCUUGAAUUUGAUAGAUUACUCGGUGGAAAUUUUUAUUUCCAAAUCAUGCGUUUCUAAUGCCUGGGAGUUCAAAUUUUCGACGAUGAUGAUGAGGCGUAUCUUAUGACACUAGUUCAUUAUGCUAUUGAAGCCAACCAUACUAUUGCAUUACAUCUCUAUGUAUCUAUGUAUGCAACCAAAAAUAAUUUGGAAACGACAAGAAAUAAACU